CAGACGCUUGGGACAAACGCACUCACAAUCCUCCGUUGUAGAAACGGCGCAUGGCGACUAAACAUUUGGCCACGGUAAUUCACUUGAAGUAAUAUAGAUAAUGUCUUACAUGCACUCAACAUGCCAGGCAUCGACUUUUUACAGGCUUGCACCGCAGUGUUCCAACAAUCUACAGGGCAGCGCAGAGAUGUGAGCUGGACGCAGUGCCGUGAUUAUGAGCGUUAGCUUAAGUUUGUUAGCGCUUUCAGAACAGUGGCUUGUUUCAUAUAGAGCACAUGCACUUUAUCAAGCUAUGCUGAACAUUUGUGUACCAAGUAUGAGCCGUGAGACAACAACACCAGAGUCGGGGAUAAACGGGACGCUGCCGGGACGGGCCGAUACUCUGAACAUGCCCUCUCCGUCCGGUGACGUAGCUUCCCAGAGUCGUGGAACAGAGACAGGCAUGGUGAAACGGCUCCUGGACGAGUUCAGGGGACUCCACGAGCAGAGGCUGAGGUGGCUGGAGGCGGACACCACCGCGAGCCGAGAGGAGCUGCUGCAGAAGAAAGAGGAUUUCCUGCAGUCUUACGUGAAUGACCUCACAGACCAGAACCAGUUGCUGGUCGAGACCAUUGAGGAACUGCAGAUGGAAGCUGACCACAACAUUUCCAAUUUGGGAAUGAAGCCGCACCCCUCUGAUCAUAUAUUGGAUGCCGAGGCCAAGGUGGCGUCCUCGAGGAGCGCGCUCAUCGCCCUGUUUGAGAGACGGAGGGAGGAGAGGGAGGCGCGGGUCGACCAGCUAACGGAAGAGCUGAACGGCGUGAAACAGAGGGUGAAAGAAAGAGACGAGCACAUGAGGCACCUGAACCAGGAAGUGGUUGGUCUACGAGCCACACAGGACUCUCUGACGACAACGCUGGCCAUGAAGGAGAAAAGCGCCCAACAGCUCGUCCAAGACAACACACUGCUCGAAGAAGCCCUGACCUCACUGCAGCGCAAAUUACAAACCAGUGAGUGCAUGUUGACGGAUGUCAGCGAGACCCGGGAUCAGACCAAAAGCAGCCUGAACGCGGAGAGACAGCAGAAACAGCAGAUCCAGGACCAGUUGCAUCAAAGCCGCAGAGAGGUAGAGCGUCUCCAGCAGGAAGUGACUCGUGUUCAUUGUGCCGCUGAAAAAAAGAUGCAGAAGAGGGAGAUGAAGAAAUGUUUGCUGGUGAAGGAGCUCGCGCAGAGUAAGAAGCAGCAAUCUGAUUGUCAGACAGAGCUGCUCCACAGAGAGAAGGAUCUGGAGAAACAGCACCAGGAGAGGGAUGAGCUGAGAGCCAAGAUGGAGGAGCAGAGCCGAGAGUGUGUCCACCUUAACCAGACCAAAGAGAGGCUGGAGGCUGACUUGGCUGAGAGCCACGAGAAGCUCCGCAUCGCACACCUCGAGGUUCGAAGCAGAGAUCAUUUAAUUCUGCAGUUAAGAGAUGAAAUGAAGACAGCUGAACAAAAGCACCAAGGGACACAAGGACAGGUGGCAGCGCUGGAGUGUGAGCUGAGACACUUGAACCACAAAGUCAGAGGACACCAGGAAGAGGCCUGUCAGUUAAGCAAAAGGGUCAGAGAUGCAGAGCGCCUUAAAGACCAGAAGGAGAGAGAACAACAGCAGCUACACGAUCAGCUCCGUACUAGUCAGCAACAGGCUGAGACAACUGCCGGGAAGCUAAAGAAGCAGGAGGACGAGACGGGACUUCUUCAUCAGCGGCUGAGAGGAGCCGAGGAGGAUCUUAAAGAUGCCAGUUUGCAAGUCCAGGAGCAGAAAGAAACGGUGGCAAUUCUGAAGCAGAAGUACGCCGCAGCAAUAGAUAAGGUUCAUAGUGUGCAGGGGCGGGUGGAAGUUUUAGAAGAAGAACUGCGGUAUUCACAGCAACAGCUGAGAGAGUCUCAAGCAGAAACUCACUCGGCGACGCAAGAGCAAGCCGAGCUGGAGCGGCGGUACCUGGAAAAGGUCGGCCAGUGGGAGAGCUCACAGGAGGCUCUUGACCAGCUGACAGACGAGCUCCAGGCCAAUCAGAAACUGCUAAGGGAGAGUCGGCAACAACUGGAACACUCCAAAAGCCUGAUGGGAUCCCUGCAGGAGCAAGGGGAUAUACUCAAUCAACAGAAACUGACGUUGGAAUGUGACCUUCGGCUAUAUCAACAGAGUCAUUCCCGUUCUGACGAGGAGUAUCUCCGCCUGCAACGACACAGACAGCAGCUACAGAGGCGCUGCAUUGAGCAGGUGAAGCGCAUUGCGGAGUGUGAAAAGGCUAUUCUUCAGAUGAAGUCAGAGCUGGAGAGACAAACCCAGGAGAAAGCAGAUCUGAAGCAAAUUCUCGCUCGAUCUCACAGUAUGCACCUGAGCAGUCGCGGCCAGCUGGAACAGGAAGUGACACGUCUGAAAAGCCAAGUCUCACACUUGGAGCUGGAGUUGGCGGACACCCAAAAGGUUCACGCGGCACUCCUCAGGCGGUCAGAGGAGGAGCUGGAGGAGGCCCGGCGGGAGGCUGCGAGAGGGUGCCGGCAGGCAGACGUCCAGAGAGGAGAGCUGCUGAGGCUUCAGGACGAGUUACGGGAGGAGGAGGAGAAAGUGAUGAGUGCCGCCCGAGAGAUGCGGAGCCUGAGCACUUACACUGGGCAGCUGAGCCAAGAGCUGGAGGAGCUACGCGGCAAACGCCAGGCGACAGAGGAGGAUUUGGCAGCCCGUGCAGAGGAAGUGAGGCGGAUGGAGGGGUGUCUGAAUGAGGCGAAGCUAGCAGAGGAGAAAAUAAGAUCAGUGGCUCUGGAGCUGGAGACAGAGGUGGUGGAGCUCAGGAAGAAGCUCCAACAGGCUGUUGAUCAGAAACUCAAGGCAGAGAGAGGGAAACAGGACGCACAGAAGCAGGUGGACACACUCCGGUCAGAGCUGGAGGGAGCGCAGUCUGACAACGUAAACCUGCGCCAGGAGAGCCAGCUGGUCAUGACACAUGUCAACCGUUGGAUUACUGAACAAAAGGCUUCCAGCGGGGCCCUCACUGCCCAGAUGGAGGCCCAACACAAGGUUCUGCUCAUCGUCACCAAAGAGAACGAACAUCUUCAGGAGGCUAAUGACACAUUGAAGGUGGAGGCGAAAAGACUGAGAGAAGUGGUGGAUGAGAAGGAGAGAGAAAGGGAACACUUCAAGGCCCAGAUUCGAGCGCGGGGCAUCCGGCAAGAUGAGAAAACCAUGGAAAAUCAGACCUGUGUGGUUCAGAAUCUCAGCAAAAUCGAGCAAAUGCAGACCAGACUGCGGAGCAACCUGGAGGCCAUCGGAAUGCUAAAUCAACAAUUAAACGCUCUCAGCGGGGAGAAUAAGCGGUUGCGCUGGCAGCUGGAGGAGGAGAGAUCCAGGCGUAGACAAGUGGAGCAAUUGCUCCCGCCUCCUCCCGCCCCCCAGCGGUGCUCCUCCAUCCACCUCCCCGCUUCCCUCGGCGCCCGCCCUCCUCCACCCCUCCGCCUCCCUUCCUACAUCCCUCCGCCUCCCCAAUCCCCUGGGCCUGGACCCAGCGACAGGGCACACUGACCGGGUUCAAACCCAAAGCAAGAUGAGUGGAGCUGGGCUGGAGCGACCGGGUGAGUCCCAGGCUUUGUCUGAAGCGUUCGGGAUGAGGCCAGCCGCACAGAGCUCCGUCUCCGCCUCGCUGGGCGACGCUCGGUCUGGGAGGACAAGGGGGGAUCUGACCAAAUGAAGCCCCCUGAAGACUUUGACCUGUCACGACUCUUUGCCCUCCGCCUCCUCGCGUGGGGAGUGCAUUCAGUGUGAGGUUAAUGUCCUGCAGGUCAAAGUCAAGUCCCCAGGUGCUUUUUGCCUGAGGGGGGGCUCCAGCACCAGCAGAUGAUGGAAUUUACUCAGAUCUUCAAAAGUGACGUAAAAAAUACCUCCACUACCAUGACUUGAAGUGAUUUAUUCUGAGAAAAACUCAUUUUAGAUUUAAAAUCUAACACUUUUUAUUGUAAAACAAAACAAAAAACUGUCGAUUGCAAUUUCCAAAUGUUAGCGUGCUGCGAGCAAUGGUAGCUCUCAUCUUGUUUUGCGACAAAACUGAAGCACUUAACCCCCCUUCUUUUUACUUUUUUUUGGAGGUUGUCUGCACUUAGCAGUUCUUAUGAACUACCAUGAAUCAAACUGAUAAAAAAGCACAGAUUCUCAGUGCCUCUGACUGCGUCUCACACUGGAGAUGAUUCCAGACUGAAUUGGAUGAAUGAGGGACGGCACAUCACGUCAGCGUCCACAGACACAGACAUACCUCGGAUGUCGACGUGAGCGGCUGUAACGCUGUCUGUCUGACUGCACUGCAGCUGCGCGCCAUGUGUCCUACAUCCACUGUGGUCAAUGUGGCCCUGUGUCUUUGUGUGCCAGUACGUACGUGUGUGUGUGUGUGUGUGUGUGUGUGCGUGUGUGUGUGUGCGUGUGUGUGUGUGUGUGCGUGCGAGCGUCUGUCUCGCUGUAAGUGGUGCCUGUGGGUGAGUGUGAUUGAGCAGAUUGGAUUUUUAGUAUUGUACAAGUUUUAUAUAUUGUUGUAUGGUUUAGAACUAUUUGUCUUUUUUUUUUUUUUUUUUUUUACUGUUGCUGUGUUUGAGCCACUGUGUUGUAUUGACAGAAAAAUAAACAGAUACGUCUGUAAGUGGU